GAUGAACUGCAUGGCUCUUUGUUUGGCAGGGAUCGCUGGCCUGGUGACGUCACAGCCUGUCUCCAUAUCCAGCUUAAAGAUGGCGCCCUCGCGUGUAAUGAUAUGCUGUCAGCGGGGUUUAGCAUGGAUACCUGUUAUUUUCAUCAACCUGGUGGUUUGCUGGUCGUAUUACGCUUACGUGGUGGAGCUCUGUAUCUACACUAUCCCUAACACUGAAGAGCAAGUUAUCUAUCUGGUAGUCUUUCAUAUCUGCUUUGUAUUGUUCGUGUGGUCAUACUGGAAGACUAUAAUUUCUAAACCCAGCAACCCUUCAAAAGAGUUCUCUUUACCAAAGGCAGAAAAAGAGGAGUAUGAAAAAGAAGAAAGACCAGAGGCCCAGCAGGAGAUCCUGAAAAAAGUGGCCAGAAGUUUGACCAUAUACACACGUACAGGAUCUGGAGCUAUUCGCUACUGUGAUCGCUGUCAGGUAAUCAAACCAGACAGAUGCCAUCACUGCUCUACAUGUGACAAGUGUGUACUGAAGAUGGAUCAUCAUUGCCCCUGGGUCAAUAACUGUGUGGGCUUCUCAAACUACAAAUUCUUUGUGCUGUUCCUGGCCUACUCCAUGCUGUACUGCAUUUUCAUUGCAUCCACAGUCCUACACUAUUUCAUAAAGUUCUGGACACUUUGCAGAAGGAGCACUAUAGAGCAUUGUCCAGAGAAUCAGCUGCCAGACACUCAUGCUAAGUUCCACGUGCUGUUCCUCUUCUUUGUGGCGGCCAUGUUCUUCAUCAGCAUCCUCUCACUGUUCAGCUACCAUAUCUGGCUCGUGGCUAAGAACAGGACCACUAUAGAGGCUUUCAGAGCUCCAGUGUUCAGAAAUGGUGCUGAUAAAAACGGCUUUACUCUGGGCUGCUGCAAAAAUUUUGCCCAGGUUUUUGGAGACCAAAAGAAAUACUGGUGCUUGCCUAUUUAUUCGAGCUUGGGAGAUGGUUGUACUUUUCCUGCUCGAUUAGUCAACACUGAUGCUGAACAGGGCAUUGUAGACCACCAGAACAACGUGAAAUGUGCUGUGGAUGGACAGCUAAACAGCAGACCUCUCAGCGAGUCACAGAAUCAUCUCCUAAACAGCAGUGUCUCCUUGGAUGAGCAGAAAGACUGCAGCACCACAAACACUGAUAAUGGGCUAACAGUCACGGUUUCCACAGAGAGGGAGUCCUAACCAGGUAAAGACAUUGGAUAUUACACACAUCCAGUGUUAGGCACAUGCCAGCAGUACAGUCAUUUUCAUAGGCAAGCUUCAGGCUAUGUCCUUGGCACACACUGAGGCUUGUUUCAGGUAUACACAGAUCAGCCAUAACAUUAAAACCACCUGCCUAAUAUUGUGUAGGUCCCCUUGUGCUGCCAAAACAGCUCUGACCGUCGAGACAUGGACUCCACAAGACCUCCACAAGUUGUGCUGUGGUACCUGGCACCAAGACGUUAGCAGCAGAUGCUUUAACUCCUAUAAGUUGCUAGGUGGGGUCUCUAUGGAUAGGACUUGUUUGUCCAGCACAUGCACUGAUGCUUGAUCGGAUUGCGAUAUGGGGAAUUUAGAUGCCAAAUCAACACCUCGAACUCUUUGUCAUGUUCCUCAAACCAUUCCUGAACAAUUUUGGAGUGUGGCAGGGUGCAUUAUCCUGCUGAAAGAGGCCACUGCCAUUAGGGAAUACUGUUGCCUUGAAGGGGGGCACUUGGCCUGCAACAAUGUUUAGGUAGGUGGUAUGUGUCAAAGUAACAUCCACAUGAAUGCCAGGACCCAAGGUUUCCCAGCAGAACAUUGCCCAGGGCAUCACAUUGCCUCCGCCUUCUUCCCAUAGUGCAUCCUGGUGUCACCUAUUUCACAGGUAAGCAGCACAUAUGCACCUGGCCAUCCACAUUAUGUAAAAGAAAAUGUGAUUCAUUAGACCAGGCCACCUUCUUCCAUUGCUCCGUGGUCCAGUUCUGAUGCUCACUUGCCCAUUGUAGGCACUUUCGGUGGCAUACAGGGGUCAGCAUAGGCACUUUGACCAGUCUGCGGCUAUACAGCCUCAUACACAGUAUGUUGCGUUGCACAGUGUGUUCUGACACCUUUCUAUCAUAGUCAGCAUCAACUUUUUUAGCAAUUUUUGCUGCAGUAGCUUUUCUGUGGGAUCAGAACAGACAGGCUAGCCUUCACUCCCCACGUGCAUCAGUGAGCCUUGGGUGCCUGUGACCCUGUCACUGAUUCACCGGGUUGUUCCUCCUUGGACCACUUUUGGUAGGUACUAACCACUGCAACCCGGGAACACCCCACAAGACCUGCUGAUGCUCUGACACAGUUGUCUAGCCAUCACAAUUUGGCCCUUGUCAAAGUCGCUCAGAGCCUUAUGCUUGCCCAUUUUUCCUGCUUUCAACACAUCAACCCCGAGAACUGACUGUACAUUUGCUGCCUAAUACAUCCCACACCUUGGCAGGUGCCAUUGUAAUGAGAUAAUCAGUGGUAUUCACUUCACCUGUCAGUGGUUUUGAUGAUAUGGUUGAAACGUGUAUCAGCUGGUUUAUAGUGAUUUAUAAUGAUUUGGUGAAAAUUUUUGUACUUUUGACAAUCACAAAUGUUAGUGUGCAAUCCGAUCUUUUGUUUUGUUGUGAAUCCCUUUGAAUGCAUUUCAGCAUAAGCUCAAAGGCUAAUCCAGACAAACCAAAUUUGAUAUGAGGACCUGUGUACUGACUGUGUACUCAACGGAAUAGUCAAUGAUUAGGCCCAUUCUGGAUAGUAGGAGGAGGAUUUUGGCCUUUUAGGUAUAAUUCUUUUGGUGUUUGUUAUGGUGAUGGUACCUACUAAUCCUUGUCUUUUUCCCUAGUACCUCAGGAUGAAACAUGAUUAUUUUGAUCAAAUGGGCGCAUUGCACUCCUCUUUUAAAGACUUCACCCAACAGACUACAGACCCAAAAGACCUGCCUUAAGCCGCAGCUUCCUCUCAUGUGCAACUGGUAACCAGUGAACCAAAUCAUAUGUGUAGUGUACAGUAUUUCUAGUUUCAUUUAGUAUUCAGUUGGAAUGGGCCAAACGAGUGGCAUGAGUACUUCAAACGUAGCAUGAUGGUGCCAGUUAUAACAGCUCCAUCAUCUCCCAAACGCAUGUGGUCCUCAGCUUGUUUGUCUGAGCUCUGAGUGAAAAAUACAGACAGCUCUACAAUUAUAGGAAACUUUGGUAAAGAUGGAUUAAAAAAGGGUUCAAAGAAUGUCUUUGUGUAACAAAACCAUAUGUGUCACAAAUAUUGGCACCCCCACAUUUAGUACUUUGUGUAACCUCCUUUUACCAACAUAACGGCACAGGAGUUUUCUCCUAUAAUGCUUGGAGAUUACAGAGCAAGAAAUAUGAGAUGAUGCCUCAGUACAGAAUCUCUCCAGAUCUUGUAAAUUCUUUUCUUUAGCUCACCCCACAGGUUUUCAGUGGGCCUUAGGUCGGGACCAGGAUGGUCAUGAGUCUGUGGUCAUUAAACUGUUUUAAGGGAAAAUACAUUUGUGUCCUCUUCCAGGCAGGGUCAUUACAGCUCUGGUUGUUUCAAGCUUCUUCAUUUUUGCCCUAAUAGGAUAUAGGCAUUCUUAGGUGUAUAGCUAUUUUUAUAGCCAUUGCCUGACUUAUGAAAGUUAACACACUUUUGUCUCAUUUGAUUUGUGUAUUCAUCUUGAUGAAUGACUAAGGGAGUUUGGCCUCUGUGACACUUCAUUUAUACUCCCUGUUUCACUGAAAUCAUGGGUGACUGCUUAAGAAUUCCUAAAUACUCAGGAGAAUUUAGAAAGGUAAAUAUGUAUGAGAACAUGCUUCAGUCACAUUUUGUUCAUAAGGAUUCCAACUUUUGCUAAUAAUGCUUUUUUUUUUUUUUUAAAUACAUAGUUCUCUCUGAAAGUAUUGGAACAGCAAGGCCAAUUCUUUUUUUCUAUUCACUGAAGACAUUUGGGUUUGAGAUCAAAAGAUAAAUGAGACAAUAGAUCAGAAUUUCAGCUUUCAUUUCUUGAUAUUUACAUCUGGAUGUGUUAAACAACUUGAAGGCAGGGUCUUCAAUCUUAUCCACAAAGGGCCGUUAUUGGCUGCAGGCUUUCAUUCUAACCAAACAGGAGCCACACCUGAUUCUACUUGUUUAAUCAGUAGAAUUGAAACCAUAAACCAUUUUUCAAGUGAUCAAAUAAUAUUGGAACAUGUGACUGACAGGUGUUUCUUGUUGCCCAGGUGUUCCCUGUUAAAUGUUCAAUCUAAACAAUUAAUAGAGGUAGUGUCAUGGCUUGGGCUUGCAUGGAUGCUUCUGGAAAUGGCUCACUAAUCUGUAUUGAUAAUGUAACUCAUGAUGGUAGCAGCAGAAUGAAUUCAGAAGUCUGCAGAAACAUUCUGUCUGCCAAUUUACAGAGAAAUGUAUCUAAUUUUAUUGGGGGGAACUUGACAACAAAGACAACAAAGAACUUCAGGAGGUGAAAUACAUGCUCAAUUGGGUUAAGAUCCGGUGAUUGGCUUGGCCAGUCUAAAACCUGAAGAGAAGACUGAAGGGAGAAACCCCCCAGAACAAACAAACAACUGAAAGAAACUGUGGUACAAGCCUGGAAAAGCAUCACAAAAGAAGAAUGCAACAGUUUGGUGAUGACAGUGGGUUUUUGCAAGCAAGGGAUAUGCAACCAAAUAUUAAAUGUUAUUUAUGUUAACACUACCUGUUCCAAUACUUUUGCUCAUCUAAAUAUUGGGUAGUCUGCCACUGAAGGUGCCAUGUUCUAAGCCGUUUAAGACAGCUAGAUGUAAAUAUCAGGAAAUGAAACAUGAAAUUCUGAUCUAUCUUCGCAUAUUCGUCUUUUGAUCCCAAACCCAAAUGUCUUCAGAUAUAGCAAACACAAAGGAAUCGGCCUUUUUGGAACCAAUGGUAUGUGUUUUAUAAGGGUUAUUAAUUUUCUUAGAAAAAAUUACUUAGUUAAAGGUUAGAUUUCUCAUACUGAAAAUGAAUAAAUAUCAAUGAAUGAAGAAGCUAAAAGCACACAAAUCUCUUUGCCCAUUUUCAUCAAGGGUGCCAAUAAUUCUGGAGCUGACUUUAGUUAAAAAUAUUUGGUCGCAAUGUGAAAUCUUCUAUUCCUUUUCCCAUUCAAAAGUGAAUGAAUUUCAUAAUCAGUUUGUCAAUUUAUUCACCAAAACAGAAAUUGCAGAAAGAUCAAAUUCAAAUGUAUUCUGGUAAAAUCAGCGAACUGCACACAGGAGCUCCAUAUAAAAUCAUGUGUAGGUAGGCUAUAGACAUUAGCCAUUGCUCAUACUGAGUUUAAUGAAUAAGUGGUGGCCCUAAUGUUAAUUUAAUAACAAAAGACUAGGAAACAAACUUUAUUUAAAGAGUUUUUUCUCUCAUUUCAUCCACUUUGCUGCUCUAUGCUUUUAACAAACCCAUUCACUGUGUUCCUUGCAAGUGGUUUUGGGUAAGAGAUAGCUGAGAAGUCCACUCUGAUGCAGGUUUCAUCUUGCUUGAAGCCACUCUAUUGAAGCAUUAAAUGAUAAAUGGUAUGCACCAGUGAGGUCUGAUGAGACCUGAAGUAUGCUAACUGGGACAGAGCAUGUCACAAAAUAGUUCCAGGAAAGAUUUUCCUUGGUCUAGUGUCUGGAUCUUGACCCUACCAAGCAUAUUGGAAGUAGAAGAAAGUCUGUUUGCAGGAACACUGUACAUUCAGCAUCUUAUAAAAUCCAUGCCCAGGUGCAUGUAUGCUUUUCUGAAGGCCAAACAAGGAGUGACAUGCUACUGGAUAGGUGUAUAUAAUAAACUGCCAACUUCAUAAACAUUACAUUGCCUGUAUAAACAGUAAGGUAGCUGGAAUAAUUAGUAACCUACACAGUUGGUUACAGGCUCAAAGCAUUUGUACCUCAGGCUCAAACCUAUACAAGAACAGGAAUGCUAGCACUCUGAUGAUUGUAACUCUGGGGGGAACAAAAAGUACAAUGUAAGACUUUGACUUUAGAAUAGUGGUACUUUUAAGUGCACUUUGGAGUUGAAAAGCACCAAGGCUUGCAAAGCCAAAAUUUGCCAGUAAAGGCUCACCUGCAGACACGAUAGAUAAGCAAGCCCUAGCAGUUGAUUGACGCUGACGCUAUAUGGAAGCGAAUGAGAGGUGCUUUUUUCACUCCAGCUGAACAACUUGUAAGUAAAACAUGAAACUUGUCAUUAAAGAGUAUAAAAGCAUUACUGCAAAGAAAAGAACACUUUGGCAAUUAACAAAGAUUGAGAAGCAGCAUGGCAGAAAAUAUGACAAUAAAUGCCCACUUUCCAUAAUCUAGUGGAAAGCCUUCCCAGAAGAGUGGAGGUUAUUAUAACAGCAAAUAAUUAUAUAAUGGGAUCGGAUGUUCAGCAAGCACACAAGGGUGUGAGUGGUCAGGUGACCUAGUAUUUUAGAUUUAAUACUGUCGUACUGUCUGUGCUUUGACUUUGGAAGAGUGAAGUUUAGGCAUUUGUGUAGCACAGUUUUAGACUCCUUGGUCAACAAAUAACUAACCAUGCUUAGUUCCUAACCAUGCUUAUCUUGUAUGAGGCUGAAACAGACCAUGAAGCAUCUUCACAUUAGCAUAUUAAUCCUUACACUCAUGUGGGGUGCAGUCCAUCCACCAAUUACAUGUUUUUCAAGUUCUUGAUUUUCAACUUCGAUUUUGUAUCAUGGAAUACUCUCAGCAGACUUUCAACAUUUUUGGGAGGACAGUUCUGUUUACAUCUUAUGUUUUAUGUAUUUGAUGCUGGUACAGCAGGAGAAGGGGAUAAUAUUGUUCAGUGUUUUUUUUGUUAAGUCAUUUUGUAAUUCUAUGCAUAGCUGCUAGAAUUGUCCUAGAAUUUACUUUUCUGUGCUUCAAAAGUAAGUGCAGUCACACAGGAUGAAAAUCAAUUACUUUAAUGCACCACACAAAUAAUUACAAACACUUUGCCUUUUAUUUUUCAAGAAGUAAUAUGCAAAACAUCAGUAUGUUUAAAAAUCAGACAUAUUGCACAGUGAUUUGCAGUAAUACAUUUUUUUCUACUUGCUUUGCACCAUUUUAUCACUCAUAACUGCUAUGGAAUAAGCCUUUAAGUAGUUUUAGGCUUAAGUGGUAUUAAAAUGUUCAUACUGUUAUGAACAUUCAACAUUCAUCCAUACAUACACUCAACGAACACAUUAUUAGGAACACUAUACUAAUACUGGCCUCCCUUUGCUCUCAAAACAGCCGCAAUUCUUUGUGGCAUGGAUUCCACAACAUGUCGGAAACGUUCCUUUGAGAUUCUGGUCCAUGUUGACAUAUUUACAUCACACAAUUCCUGCAGAUUUUUCAGGUGCACUUUCCUGGGGUGAAUCUCCUGUUCUACCACAUCCCAAAGGUGUUCUAUUGGAUUCAGAUCCAGUGACUGAGAAGGCCACUGAAUAACAGUGAACUCAUCAUCAUGCUAUAAGUAGCCAAUAGAAGAUGGGUAAAUUGUGGCCAAGAAGGGAUGCACGUGGUCAGCAACAAUACUCAAAUAGGCAUUCAAGCGAUGAUUGGUGUUAACAGGCCCACAGUGCGCCAAGAAAACUUUCCCCACACCAUUACACCACCUCCACCAACCAGGACUGCUGAUACAAGGCAGGGUGGAUCCAUGGAUUCAUGCUGUUGGUGAGAAAUUCUGACCCUACCAUCUGUGUGCCUCAGCAGAAAUAGAGAUUCAUCAAAACAGGAUUUUUCCAGUCUUCAACUGUCCAGUUUCGGUGAGCCUGUGCCCACUGCAGCCUCAGCUUUCUGUUCUUGGCUGACAAAAGUGGAACCCAACGUGGUCUUCUGCUGUUGUAGCCCAUCCGCCUCAAGGUUCGAUGUGCUGCACAUUCUGAGAUGCUUUUCUGCUCAUCACAAUCAUACAGAGUGGUUAUCUGAGUUACUGUAGCCUUUCUGUCAGCUCAUCUGGCCUCUCUCAACAAGGUGUUUCCAUCCACAGGCACUGGCACUCACUGGAUGUUUUUUCUUUAUUGGACGAUUCUGAGUCAACUCUAGAGAAUGUUGUGCAUGAAAAUCCCAGGAGCUCAGUAGGUAUAGAAAUACCCAAACCAGCCUUCUGGCACCAACAUGGUCAAAAUCACUGAGAUCACAUUUUUUCCCCCAUUCUGAUGGUUGAUGUGAACAUUACCUGAGGCUGCUGGCCUGUAUCUGCAUGAUUUUAUGCAUUGCACUGCUGCCACACAAUUGGCUGAUUAGAUAAUUUCAUGACUGUGUAGGUGUACAGGUGUUCCUAAUAAAGUGCUCAGUGAGUGUACAUUCACCUAUGGACAUUACCAGGGAAUAUAAUAUUUUUCCUCAGAUGACUUUAGUAAUCUUAGUUUUGUUACGUUUAGUUUUGUACCACUUCAGGGCACAAGAGGUAAAUUUUAUUUUUUUUAACAGAGAUCACAAUCAGUCUUUAUCUAGUUGAUUGCUGACAUUCUGACAAAAAAUACAUUUAUUUAUGCAAAUGAGGCUCCAUCUGAUUAAAUAUGCAUAAGUAUGCAUAUAGUUUUUGGGUGAUGUUAGAAUUAAAAUGUUUAUUUCAUUGUAAACUUUGCGGAGCGUAAGUAAAGCCUUCUACACAGUUAAAUUUCAAAUAAUGUGGUGAUAACACCUAUAAAGAAACAUUUUCUGUAAAGUUUUCAUGUUUUUUUAUGUUUCAUUACUACGGUUUAAGAGAAGACAUUUUAUAAAUCCAGCUUAUCCAAAAAUCUGAAAAAUAAUUGACAUGACCAAAAUUGUCAUUUCUACUUAACUUCUACUUGAAUUGCUCUUGGGUUAAUCUGUAAGAGCACUUUAAUUAUUAAUAACAAAUUAAAAUCUUAUUAACAAUUAACAUUAAACCAUUGCUCUCCUAAUUAUGCCAAAACUAAAUCGUAUUACAAAAAUGCAUUAAUUAUUAUGAACAAUAUAUUUGUCUAAUAUAGUACGUAACUUCACAGCAAACUACUGUGAGUAUAAAAGUACUCAACAAUCUUGUUUGCCUUUGUAGCCUAAAAGAAGUGAGGUUGAUGUGUUCCUUGCACUAAACAUUCUAAAAUCCCAACAAUUACCAUCUUUACCAGGUUUAAUACUUAGCACUGAUUGGUGGCAAUGUUACAGUGAUUUGUUUUUCCAUCUUUGUUGGGUGCACUUUACAGGAGUCAUAUGAAAUGAUGCUUAAACUGCUACUAUACACACAGGUCUAGACAAGUAAACAUAUCUAAUGCAGUCUACUGAAGCAAUAUUAUGUAUUUUUGACUUAUUUUUAUGAUAAUUUUUCAUUUCAAUACUCAUACAGUAAAGCUAGAUCAGAUCUCAGAUCUCAGGCCUCAUGACAAAAUUAAGCUACUACGAUGUAUGUCAUUGUGUUUCAUUGGAACUUAAAAGUUGGUUCUCUAUUAACAUUAUAACCAGUGUAUAGUGUACAGUAACUUCAGUAUAUCGCACAAGCCUAAUUUUAAAGCAGUAACUUAAAUGAACACUGACAAUAUUUUAGAUUAAGUAAAAGUGGUCAAGUUGUGACAUGACUGUGAUCAAUACCAAAAACAUUCUGGAUCUCAAUAAUCAUUAUUAACCUUGCAUUUUCAGAUGUUAUCGGAAUCAUAUACCAAAUUAUUUGUAUUUUUUCUGUUUUGUAUUAAGAAUUAAAAUUUUAAGUUGUAUUUAUGUUUGCCUAUACAGUGAGGUCCAUAAGUAUUUGGACAGUGACACAACUUUGAGAAUUUUGCCUCUGUACACCACCACAAUGGAUUUGAAAUGAAGCAAUCAAGAUGUGAUUGAAUUGGCGACUUUCAGCUUUAAGUGAAGUGACUUGUGGCCAAGUAUGGUGACCCAUACUCGGAAUUUGUGCUCUGCAUUUAACCCAUCCAAGUGCGCACACACACAGUAGUGAACACACACACAAACCGUGAACACACACCCAGCCUUUUUUGCUGCGGCGCCCGGGGAGCAGUUGGGGGUUCGGUGCCUUGCUCAAGGGUCUCACCUCAGUCGUGGUCUUGAGGGUGGAAGAGAGCGCUGGUCAUUCACCCACCCCCCCCCCGCCCCAUGGAGGGAAAUGGCUGUAAUUCCUAAACUGUUAAUGCAAUAUUUUUGUUAAACCCCUUGAAUUAAAGCUGAAAGUCUACACUUCAGUCACAUCUUGAUUGCUUCUGUACAGAAUUAUGAUAUUUAUGGACCAGACUCUAUAGUAUUUCUUUU